AAAAUAUACACAGAUGAGGCUUAAUUUUACAGCCUGUUCGUUUCUUGUAUUUAUAACAGCCAUCAAUCAUGCAUCAUCGCAAGCUGUUGUCCCUCGAUUCUCCGCAUCAUGCGGAUAUUUAGCCAAGAAAAUAUAUUGUUUUGGAGGAUCGACUGAGGACGAUGUCCUUACCACUGAAGUUAGAAUAGACGUACUUGAUAUUUUAAAAUAUAAAGGGAGCACUUCUAAGGACUUAUCCACACAAUGGGAGAGCAUCAGCACUGAUACAGGAGGAUUAAAUUUAGAAUCCCGACGGUUUGCUCAAACCUUACAGCUUCCUGAUGGAAACUCCAUGUUAAUAAGUGGGGGUUCUGGUCCGGGAGAUAUUAUGUUGAAAGAUCAAACACUGAUAUUUAACGGUGAGACUAGAACGUGGAACCGUUCUAUAAACUACGCGGAGUAUCCAUAUGGCAACAGACAAAUAUAUAACGCUGCUUCUGUAUACGUACCUGGGUUUGGGGUUGGUUUUUUCGGUGGUGAGGAAUCGACGGUAUAUAACAAUCACUCGGUACCUUACGUAUACAAAGGUGUCGACAUUACUAUAGGACAUGAUGAAUAUCCAGGCAACAUGUUCAAGUAUAUCGGUUAUACUAACCUUACCUUUUUUAAUAUCAACCAUCCUGAACAGCCAUGGUCAUAUUUUCCCAACCAAAGAAAUUUGCCAAACGCUUUCACGAGCUUUCAAGAAUCCAUUUUUGAUUACAAAACAAGCCGUAUUCUAUAUUUCGGAGGCAAUUAUUGGGACACAAUAAACCUUCGUGAUAUUAGCUACGACUUUAAAAACAUCACUACGUUUGAUAUAAAAAAUAGUCAGUGGGGUCAGCAGAUCUUACAAGGAAAUGCUCCAAGUGUAAGACAAGGCCAUUCUGUGACACUACUUGAUCCAGAUCAAAGGCAUGUUCUCUUGUAUGGAGGUCAGACUGGUAGUUAUAGUCCAGUUGUUGCGGAUUAUUGCUUUACGUUGGAUCUGGAUACAUAUCAAUGGAAACAACAUUAUUUAUCAGUUACGGAUACAAUUCCGCUGUUGAGAGCACAGCACUCUGCGCUCAAUAUAGACAAUGAUACUGUUUUUAUUGUUUUUGGAAGAGAUAGUCUUAAGACUGCAACACUGGAACCAAUUAUGCUUAACGUGACUGAUCCUUCACGCAUUACUUUACUGGAUAGAUUUAAUGUAAUAGCAGGAUCUACCAGUAACUCAACAUAUGCAAAUUCGGAUGAAUCCUCUGAAACGGGAAAUUCAAAAUUGAGCUCCGGAGCCACCAUUGGCAUUUCUGUAGGGUGCGCAUUCAUAGGGUUAAUUGCUAUUGCGGCUCUCGUAUUCUGGUUACGUAAAAGGAACAAGACCAAAACGCAAAUGGACUCGACGGAAGUCCAUUUGGGUUUCUAUAGUCGUUAUACGAUUAAUAGACCUAUCAAACCUGACAGCGAGUCUACUGUCUUAUAUCAAAAGCCAGACACUGUUAGAAAUCCAAAAGCAAAAACCUGGGUUUCUGGUUUUCCCGAUUAUGAUAGAUCCGCCUUAAAGGACGAACAAUCAAUAUUACAGAAGCCAGAGGGAGCCUAAAUUCUUAUGUCCCUUCAACUAUAUUAUAACCUAAACAUUCCGUUUUCAGCAGUCUAAUUUAUGAGAAAUAAUAAAUCUACUAUUGUAAAAUUGAUUUGAAUGCAAGCUCAUCCAAAGCAAAUAGAACUUGGUUUAAUUCGAAAAA